UUUUCUGUGCGGGGUUCGGUGGCUUUCCCCUCUAUGUCACAGUACUUUGCUUGCGUGAUGUUUAUCGUGUGAUCGGGGGCUGGUUCCCGCUCUAAAAUAAUCCGCUAAUAUCCGCGUUUCCGUUGCGACACAUGAAAUGAUUGCGGUGUCCUUGAGGCGCUCCGCCUCGUGAGAGUGAUUUGCCUUGAUUUCCAUGUUUACUUGGUGCAUUAUAAGUUGGUGCUCGUGGUUUAUUUGGUUGACGGUUGUGUUUCGUCGGUGGACACUGGGGUUGGAAUCGAAGCAAUAAGCGGCAGGGUUUUCCGCUCCUUUUCCCGCGAUUCCGAGUGUUUUGCGCUGAUCCUGACGCGCUGUUGGUGGAAUUUGUGGAAUGCUGUAGACUUGUAGUUGCAUUAGGAGGGUGUUUGGUGGUUCACGGCCUUUUGGCCUUAUUUGAGACCUUGGGUUGUGCAUUGGGGGUGCACCUGGGGGUGGGACUGCCGAAUUUCAGAGUUGUUGGUUGUCUCGCAAUAUGUUCCAUUUUGAUGCAUGUUACCUUGGAGUAUGGGCAUGGGCAUCUAAGUUGGCGCUUCACUAUGAUUUUCCUGCUUGCGUUUGUGUCAGUUUUGAUUUUUGGGAUUCUGCGGUCGAACUUCUAGGGCUAGGUUUGGUGGCUCCAUGUGUUAUGAAAAGGAAAACACAUCAACUGCCCUGCUGACAUGAUCCAGGAGGAGUAAUUAUGCUACAUGUUUAUGGUGAAGUCGAAACGAUGGGAAGUGUGACAUUUGAUUUGAAUGAGCAACAACAUGAAAAUCGAGGUGGAAGCUUGCAUUAUGUGUUGCUGCAAAAGGAUUGUAAGAACAUAUGCCGCACCAAAGUUUGUGAUCUUCCCAUAGAAGUGCCAUCUAUUUGGUCAAUUAUUUCAUUUAUGCCGAUUAAAGCAUACCAGAAGAGGGACCUCCCAACCUUUUCACUGCUUCCUGAUCCCGAAGAUGGCCGUCAAAAAACUGAAUGGGGAAAGUUCACGCGCUUCCUAUCGGAUAAUAAAAAGGCUGCUAUUGCAAGAUGUGGGUCCUCAACCUUCCACAUACUUCCUCCUCAAUCCGACGAAUGCUCAAAUUUUUCACAUGCGGUGCUUUUGUACGAGUGUGGACAAAAUGGCCCUGGAGAUUGCAAUCAGAUCGCAGUAACGUCUGGGAGACAUGUGAAUGGUGCUGCAGUGAAUUCUUCAAAGAGGUCAUACAAGAGUGAAGUCCAAUAUGGCUCAAGGAACUCUAAGCCACCAUACUUUAAAGAGGAGAUUUGUGAUAGUGGGCCGGAUCCCAAGGGGAUGGAAACUUCACCUAAGCAUCGUAAUCCACAUGUCACAGAACUCCAUACACCAGUUCCAGAAUCCUCACCACGCGAGUCCGUUGAAGACAGCCCUAGAGUUUUGAAUCCAGUAGUAAAAAAGAGAAUGGCUUCUCCUACAAAAAAUUUCAUCGUUGCAGACCCUAGUUAUCUGCGAACACUUAGUCAGACACAUGCUGGCUGGAUAUUUGGAGCAAUAGCCGAGCUCAUUGACAACUCCAGAGAUGCCGGUGCAUUUAGGUUGAAUAUUUCUGUCGAAUCUUUAUUUUCAAAGAAAGCACAAAGGAAAAUUCCUGUUUUAUCUGUAAUUGAUGACGGACAUGGAAUGACUUAUGCUGAUUUGAUGAGAAUGAUCUCUUUUGGUCACAAACGACCUACUGAUCAUCGAGAGGAUCAGAUUGGGAGAUUUGGGAUUGGAUUUAAGACUGGUGCUAUGAAACUUGGAAAAGAUGCAAUUGUGCUCACACAAACUUCAUCAUCCAGAUCAGUGGCCUUUCUUUCUCAGUCUUUUAAUGAAGGAAAGGAUAAUGUUGAGAUCCCUGUGGUGGCGUAUCGAAAGGAAGGUCAAUACAUGGAAGUUGAUUUGAGUGUCCAAUCUGAAGCUACUGCAGAAUAUAACCUGAAUGCUAUUAAGGAGUUUUCUUCCUUUAAUGAGUAUUUCAUAGGAGAAAAAUUAGGCCUAUUUGGUGAAGAACGUACCGGGACACAAAUUUACAUAUGGAAUUUAGACAGAUGGGGUAACGAUUACACUUUGGAGUGGAAUUCUGGCAAGUCUUCUGAAAAUCCUGUGCACAAUGGUCGUGGAGACAUAUUAAUUCGUUCAAGAAGAGUGAGAUCACGUCCAGGACAAACAAGUAACAAGGUCAUGUUGGACUAUUCUCUUCAGUCCUAUUUGGAAGUUAUGUUCCUGAAUCCUCGGAUGAAGAUAUCUGUCCAAGGGUCUUUGGUCAAAAGCCGUCCUUUGGCAAAGACCCUUAACAAGACAUCUGUUAUUUCUGGCGAAAUUAUGGGAAGGACUAUUCUGUUGACUCUGGGAAGGAGCAAGGUAGAAUGGGACAGAACAAAUUGUGGAAUUUUCUUAUAUUGGCAUGGUCGUCUUAUUGAGUCUUACAAACGGGUUGGAGGCCAAAAACAUAGUGCUGACAUGGGACGUGGAGUAAUAGGAGUUGUAGAUAUCACAAAUCUCAUUGAUGAUGGAGAUGGUAAUUCUUGGGUUUUGAAUAGUAAACAGGGAUUUCAAGAUUGUGAAAUGUAUGCUAAACUGGAGGAGUGGCUCGGCAGGAAAUUGGAUGAAUACUGGGACACACAUUUUGACAAUCUCGAGUUGAGAAAAGGGGAUGAGCGUCACAAGCCUGAUUGUGAAUGGGUUCAGUGCUACAGCUGUCGUAAGUGGAGAAUGUUGAAUGCAGGCUUCAAUACAGACUCUCUUCCGGAGGAAUGGUUCUGCUACAUGCCACCCUUCAAUGGGAAAUGUGAGGUUCCAGAGCAACAAAUGGGACGUGGUGUCAUCGUGAUUGGUGAGAAGAGAUCUGCCCAUGAUGAACACAAUAAGACUGCCCGGCAAGGAGAGAGACCAAAGAAGGAAAUGAGGCCCGAGAAUCUCAAGGCUGAGAGGAUUACUCAAGAUGAUGGAGACACGAAGAAUGUCCGGGGUACCCAAGAGGUCAACAAGCGAAGUAAAUCUUCAAGUGGCACCCCAUCAAAGCCGAAGGACGACAGCGAUGAUGAUCUUGAAGGUGGGUUCUCACAAACAGAUGAUGGUGCACCUCGCCCUGCUUUAAAGAGGCUAAGAAGGGGGCCUGCGAAGAUUUACAAAUGCUGAUGGAAUUGAAAAAUACAUGAGGGUAUAUGCUUCUUUGGACUUCGAGACCGAUGCAUGCGACCAACUUUUGGAGGAGCGCUGCAGCAGUAUAAUCCAAUUGUUCUUGUGCAGUAGAAUUUGCACGUGCUACAUAGGUGUGUUUGUAAAAAGUUUAGUGGUUGAUUAGCUGUUUGUUUGUAAGUAGGUGUUCCUCGUUCUCAAAAUGUUCAGCUUCAGGCGGUGAAUGUGUGUAUAGCUGGCCUGUGAGCCUGCAAUGUUGGAGGGGUUAAGAAGGGCGGAUUAUUUUGGUGCGCAGAGUGCUCCUGUCGUAACUGUUAGGGCCUUAAACUUUGUCGCCCUCAUGCCGGAACUUCCCGUUGCAUUCAAGGGUGAUAUGUUGUAUUCAGAUUUGGCAUUUAACACUAAUUUUUUAUUUUUAUAAUUCUGAGUAGCUAUUUGCUAA